CUACCGUUAUGUCCAAUAUUCCUCUCUCUCACUCUCUCUCUCUCUAGAGCACUCGCGGCAGAACCCUUCUUUUUCGCUCUCUCUUCUGAAACAGCUGCAAAUGCUGACGAAUCAUAGCGUGCUUAUAUUCUUCACAAGAACAAUUUAGGGCACCCAUUUGCCAGGUUGGCUUACCUGAUCACUAUUGGAGACAAUCACGCUCUCUCUCUGUCUAUAAGGUUGCAGGGAAAAGAGAGUCCGAGUAAUUCCUUUUGCUAAGGGUUUCUGAAAUGUCAGCUCUCUUCAAUUUCCAAUCAUUUCUGUCAUUGAUUCUUCUCUUCAUAUGCACCUGUACCUAUGUCAAGAUGAUAUUCCCUGCGCUCCUUGAUCGCAAAAUUGGGUUCCGAGGUUUCUUUUGGAAGGCUGCUAGAAUAGGUGAACGUUUGUGCCCUUGGGUAUCUGCUGCGUGCUUCAUAAUGGGGAUAGCCAUAAUCUUUUUCUAAGCUUAUCUUGAGGAGGUCUCUGUGGUAGCAUUUUUCCUUCCUUUUGUACAAUUCACGUGGUGCAAAGUUAUUUCAUUGUACUUCAUGUUCUUUUUGGACAAAUAAUGAAAUCACAUUGCUUAUCAUUUUAUGCAUUACUUUUUAAUUUGGGGCCAAUAA